AUGACUCAUUAUAAGAAAGGGGAUUUGUUUGAGGAAUUAUAACCUCUUGAAGAUAUAGAUGAAUUAAUAUUCAAUUUAAUAAUUGAAAUGCUCUUAAAGGAAAAAGUUUCAGAUUCUCUAAAAUUUCUUUCAAAGUGUUUGUUUAAACUUAGCUAUGAUGAAUAUAUUUUUUUAUGUGACAAUUUAUAGCUUUUUGAUAAGUAUUGGAAACUAGAUGCUGUUAAAAGUAGCUUUAAGAAAAUUACAUAUGUUCUCCAAAAAUUGGUUUAGCAUGAAUUUAAUAAAAUUAAUUAUUCUGAGCAAGCUUAUAAAGAAAAAAAAUAUAUUCUUAUCAAUAAGAUAUCGAAUUAAGAGAAUAUUAUCAAUUUUUUUAGAUUUUUAGUAAACCUCACAAGUAUAGAUCACAAAUUUAUCUAAUGUGGAUCCAAUUCUCUUCAUAUAUUAGUUACGAUGUAGGUUGAUUUAAAGCAAUAAUCUUUUGAAAAUAUUAUAAUUAGAAAUACUUCACUUUUUGGAGCAAAUUUUUUUAGGUGCGACUUUAGUGGAUCUAAAUUUGAUAAUGUCAUUAUUAGUGGAAUGAAUUUAAAUUAAGCCAAAUUAUAUAAUUGUAAUUGGAAGAAUUUAAUUAUAAACGAGGGAAUUAAGUUAAAAGGACAUUCUAGAUACGUCAAUUCAGUCUGUUUUUCUCCAGAUGGUAAGUCAUUAGCGUCUUGCAGUGAUGAUUAAUCAAUUAUUUUGUGGGAUGUUAAAACAGGAAAAAUAAGGUCGUUAUUCUUAGGGGACAGAAUUGUAAAGUCAAUCUGCUUUUCCCCUAACAGUACUUUAUUAACUUCUUCUAGUGGUCAAUUUGUCUAUGUAUGGAACAUAAAUAGAGGGAAAUAAAUGUACAAAUUAAAUGGUCAUACAAAAAAUGUUAAUUCAGUCAAUUUUUCUCCUGAUGGCACUACAUUAGCAUCUGGUGAUGGAGAUCGAUUCGAUAAUAGAGGAGCCUGCUUUAUUUAUUUAUGGGAUAUUAGGACAGGAUAAUAAAAAGCCUAAUUAUAUGGUCAUUCAAAUUCAGUUCAAUCUGUCUGUUUCUCUCCUAAUGGUAAUACAUUAGCAUCUGGUAGUUCUGAUAAGUCUAUUCGAUUUUGGGAUGUGAAGACGGGAUAAUAAAAAGCAAAAUUAGAUGGCCAUUCAGAUUUUGUCACGUCUGUCUGCUUCUCUCCUGAUGGUACUAAAUUAGCAUCUGGUAGUUAUGAUAGGUCUAUACUUUUAUGGGAUGUUGGGACAGGAUAAUAACAAGUAAAAUUUAAUGGUUUUAUUGAUAAAGUCAUGUCAAUCUGUUUCUCUCCUGAUGGUUAUACAUUAGCAUCUGGCAGUGUAGAUAGCUUGAUCUGUUUAUGGUACGUUAGGACAGGAAAUUAAAAAGCUUAAAUAGUUGGUCAUAAUUAUGAUGUCAUGUCAAUUUGUUUUUCUCCUGAUGGUAAUACAUUAGCAUCUGGUAGUGCAGAUAAAUUUAUCGGUUUAUGGGAUGUUAAGACAGGAAAGGAUAAAGCCAAAUUAGAUGGUCAUUCAAGUGGGGUAUGUUCAGUCUGUUUCUCCCAUGAUGGUACUACUUUAGCAUCUGGAAGUGGAGAUAGCUCUAUCCGUUUAUGGGAUGUUAAGUCAGGAUAAUAGAAAGCCAAAUUAAUUGAUCAUAGUCGUGGUGUCCAGUCAGUUUGUUUCUCUCCUGAUGGUAAAACAUUAGCAUCUAGUGGAGAUAAUUCUAUCAGUUUAUGGGAUGUUAAGACAGGAAAAGUAAAAGCCAAAUUAAAUGGUCAUACUUAUGAUGUUCAUUCAAUCUGUUUCUCUCCUGAUGGUAUUAAUUUAGCAUCUGGUAGUGGAGAUAGCUCUAUUCGUUUAUGGGAUGUGAAAACAGGAAAAGAAUUAGCCAAUUUAUAAAAUUCAUCUAAAGGAAUUCAAUAGGUCUGUUUCUCUACUGAUGGAAUAACAUUAGCAUCUUGUAGUUCAUAUUAUUCGAUUACUUUAUAGGCAAAACCAUGGCGCA